UUGUCUGUGGUGGGGGGCCAAACCAAACUGUUUCUUACUCUUCGCUUAGCUUCGUUCAGGAUACGGUAUAACACUUGAGGAUAGCCUUGGCAGGAUAUCUCUCACAUCGGCUUCAGCGCAUGAACUUUCAUCUCAGGAUUUAUAUUUUGAAAUAACGUGGAUUCUCAAAACGAGGGAAGAAUUUUCGUUUAGGGACCCAGUUUUAUUCUAAUUUGAGGCCACCACCCUACCCCAGCCAUGUUGAACAUUGGGGGGUUGAUCGCUAUCAUAGUUUUCUACUUGUUGAUAUUAUUCGUUGGAAUAUGGGCUGCCAGGAAGUCAAAGUCAACAGAGGCCAACGCAGACAGCGAAGAUGUGAUGUUGGCAGGCAGAAAUAUUGGCCUGUUAGUCGGGGUGUUCACAAUGACAGCGACGUGGGUGGGAGGGGGAUACAUCAAUGGAACAGCUGAAGUGAUCGCCAAACCUGGCUACGGUCUUGUGUGGUGUCAAGCUCCAUUUGGCUAUGCCCUUAGUUUGGUGUUUGGUGGUUUGUUCUUCGCCAACAAGAUGCGCUCCGAGGGCUAUGUGACAAUGUUGGAUCCGUUCCAGAGGAAGUACGGAGAGAGGAUGGGAGGUCUUCUCUUUAUUCCUGCCCUCCUUGGCGAAGUGUUCUGGUCUGCUGCCAUCCUCUCUGCUCUCGGCGCCACCCUGUCGGUCAUUAUCGACCUCAACAACACCACAGCAAUCAUCAUUUCUGCCUGCAUCGCUAUCACGUAUACGCUCUUCGGAGGCCUCUACUCUGUCGCUUACACUGACGUGGUCCAGCUCUUCUGUAUCCUCGUUGGUCUGUGGUUGUGUGUACCAUUUGCUAUGACAAACCCUGCAGUCCAGCCCAUCAUGAAUACGACGCAUCUUUGGGUCGGCACGCUUGACCCUGCCUACAGUGGUGUAUAUAUUGAUUUUGGUCUCGUACUUAUAUUUGGAGGCAUUCCAUGGCAGGUGUAUUUCCAGAGGGUCCUUUCAUCCAAGACAGCUUUCCGUGCCCAGAUUCUCUCUUACGUUGCAGCUGUGGGCUGUGUUGUUAUGGCAAUCCCAGCUGUCCUUAUUGGUGCAGUCGCAGCAUCUACAGAUUGGAAUCAAACUGACUGGGAUAAAGAGUACCCGCUGUUAGACGAACACUACAAGUUGGUUCUGCCGAUGGUCCUGCAGUACUUGUGUCCAAAGGUUGUAUCGUUCAUUGGCCUUGGUGCUGUGUCUGCCGCCGUCAUGUCAUCAGCUGACUCGUCUGUCCUCUCGGCCAGUGCUAUGUUUGCCAGGAAUGUCUACAAGUGUGUGUUCCGAAAUAAGGCAUCUGAAAGAGAGAUCAUCUGGAUCAUGCGAGGUGCCAUCUUUGCUGUUGGAGCUCUUGCCACUGCCAUGGGGAUUACGAUCACGACCAUAUAUGGAUUGUGGUACCUAUGCGCCGACCUCGUCUUCGUAAUUCUCUUCCCCCAACUCGUUUCAGUUGUUUACUUACAAGGAAGUAACACUUACGGUGCUCUUGCUGGAUAUAUUUUAGGCAUAUUUUUCAGAUUCGGGGGCGGUGAGCCUUUAAUUCACAUGCCACCGCUAAUAAAAUAUCCCUGGUAUAACGAGGAAACGAAUGAACAACUAUUCCCAUUCCGGGUGUUGAGUAUGUUAAUCAGCUUCGGGACUAUAGUAGCUGUGUCUUAUCCGUUGAAAUAUGCUUUCGAGGAAGGAAUAUUCCCAAAGAAAUAUGACAUAUUCAUGUGUAUAGUGAAUAUACCUGAGGAAACGCUGGCAUUGAAAGAACCACAGGAGGGUGAGAUGACAGUUCUUAAUUCCAUGAAAGGUUCAAUGGCGAAUGGACAGAUUAACCCUGCGCUUAAAUUUUCACAGGAAGACCUACUGGAUGGGGACCGAUCGCCGAUCGAUGAUAUGCCUCGGAAACGCAUGUCUGUUCCAGGCGCCAGUCCGGAUGAUGAGUCCCCCAACAAGAAGUUUGAAGACACGACAGGCUUAUAACGGAAUAUUGACGUUAGGAGCAACAAGGUUUUUGAAUCGAUGCGUUUCGGACAAAUAUUGCUGCAUUGGUUCAGUGACUAGUUUUGUACCAUGAAUAUGUGUCUAUAUGUACACCGUUGGCAGAUGUUGACCAGUUUAAUAGUUUUAGAUGGACGGUUUUAUGAUGAGGAGUCUCUGGAGAUAAUGCUGGCUGGCGGCACUUGCAUAGUUUUUAUCGAGUCUCUGGGUAGGAGGCACCAGGGAUAGCUGUGUGUUUGCACAGAUCUGUACAAGACCUGCCCUUUGUACAGGAAUGCAGUAAAUUAAAUUUGUGCCGGCCAUGCAUUAUUUCAAGAUACUGUUCCUUAUACUUGUGUCCUACAUGUAUGCUGAGCCAAAUGUCAGAUUAUGUUUUUUGGCCAUGUUGGUAAACUUGGAUAUGUUAUUGGUUAUAUGACUUACUUUACUGUAGCAACGUGUUUAAGGCAGUAAAAAGAGGCAAUUGGCAAUGUUUAUCAGAUGUCCAUAGGCUUAGGCACAUUGAUGCAGUAUAAAAUGUUAAAAAUAAUAGAUGAUUUCACCUUCCGUACAGAGGGCAGCCGACAGAUUUGAAGAAAUGGUCAAAAAAUUUGAGGGGGACCAUUUGUUUGAUGAAAACAUGGUUCUGUGGUCGUCAUGCAUGUGGCCAUGGUUGGUGAUAAUCAUUGCUCUUAAUCAAAUCAUAUCAAAACAGAGACAUUUUUGAUUGACAUUCCAUGUGUAGUCAUCACUUGUCAGAGACCUUGUUUCUGUGGUUGUCACGGUAACUAGUCCUGUAUAUCAGUAAUGUCGGUUUUUGUAGCUCAACUCCAUGACGACACAGAAACAAGAUCUCUGUGAACCUGCAACUUGCAAUCAAUUUAAAACCCACCAAUUAUUGAUUUUACCCGCAGAUGAGCGAUAUUUUUAUCGCUUGUUACAGCAAUAAUUGCUGCAGGUCGCAAAAACAAAAAUCACUGGUGUGUCAAUCGGGGCAGGCUAAAAGGUCAUGUCAGAACAGAUGCCAUAAUGAUGCUGACAUAAACAUUAUGGAUGGCUUUAUGUACAUGUAUCUGCUGAUGAUACCAUUAACCGAUGUAAAUCUGUUUGAAAAUAUGCGUUUAGAACUAUUUGUUGUUAUAUUCACUACUUGUAUUGUUAUGUUAUGACAGUGAAUAGACUUUGUUUCUUGGGCUUUAAAGAGAGACUGAUGAAGAACUGACAGUUCAGAUAUCACAGAGGCUGAUAUUUCCCUGGCAGUGGAUCAUUGACAUUCCAUCAUGUAGAGUAGCUGGUAAGGUCACCCAUGGGACUGAUAAAUGCUGUCCUGAAUUGAGAGGUGUCCUUAACACAAAGGUGAGAGGAAUGGAUAUAACCAACUUGGGACCAAAAGCAAUGUCCUUAAUAGAGAAGGUGUCCUUAAUAGAGAAGGUGUCCUUACUAGAGAGGUGUCCGCUAAGGAGGUUCCACUGUCUGAAAAUGUGAAUGUUUUUCACUCCCCGUGCUGUUUCUGAAUCAAUUUCCAAAUAGUUGUUUAACAAAUUCUCGAACCUGUGACUGAUCAAAAUAAGCACCUGAAGGUAUUUUACAACUUCAGAGCAUAAAAUCGAAAGUAAUCAUGUGGAAAUUUUUUGAAAAUACUUUGCAAAGUUAAUUCUCGUCUCUCUCGCCAGUCCCCACCAUGAAUAUAAACAUAUCAUUUCAAAAUGCGAUCAAAAUGCGAUCAAAUUAUAUUUUAUCAAUUUGUAUUCUAUUGUUUUAUUUGCACUGUUCUACUUAUGACAUAUCAUUUAUCAAUUGCUCUAUUUAACAGUAUGUUGAUCUCAGAUUUUAUUAAAUAUAUUAAAUACUUCUCAGUUGUCUACCUAUUAGGUCAUAGUCAAUAAGUGUAUGAUUUUGGAUAAAAUCCAAGGUCGGUCUAAAGCUGCAUCUACAGCCUUACAAUGAUGAAUUAUGGAGCAUUAUUUUAAGAAUCUGUAGCAUAUGCCCAUUUCUACCGCCAGAAAUGCGUGAUUUGUAAGCCAGCGGGGCAGAUACAUCCCACAAGAGUUUUCUUGCAUAACCUAUGAUAGCUGUUUAAAAAUUGUGUUUUCCUGAAAGUGUCUUUAAUGUGAAUAGUAGAUACGCAUUUAACAAGUGCGGAACAUUAAAAUUUGAAUUUGUGGAAGAUAUUUUCAGGAAAGCAACAAAGUCUGUGAAAUCUGUGCUUGGGUUUAUUUGUUUGAUAUGAUCUGAUGAAAUGUCUACCACUGAUUUCACAUACAGUAUGCAACUGAAAGACUCUACCCAUGACUGGCUUCAACUGGAAUGUGAACUACUAGCUCCGUAUUUGUGGUGGAAAAGCUGUCAGCCAUUUGGAGAGGGUCUGGCCAUACAAUAGGAUGGUGAAAUUUCCAAAGAGUUAUCAAUACAGAAAAAGCUCAUGUGGUCACAAUCGUGUACAUAGUAGAAUAUGUUUUUAUAUGAAAAUGUAUUAAUGUUAUGUGUGACCGUCAAUACAAUGUAUACAAUGUGAUCUAGGUCGAGUGAUCCAUGGUGAAAUCUUGUGGCAAAUGUAUAAACAAAGACAGAUAAUAAUCACUAUUAUGAUGUAAAAAUUGUCUCGUGUCAUGAAAAAAUGUUGAUAAUUUGUAAAGUAACACCAAAAGGACCACAAAAGUGGAUAAAAAAAUGCAUGUCACUUUGUUCAUAUACACGAAUUAAGAAGUAGAUUAGCCUGGGUUCUUGAACAACUUAAGGGACUCAUUGUAUUUAGUAUAGAAUGCAUAUAUUUACCGAUGGGCAAUAAUACCAAUAUGUCGGAGUGCUCCCAACCCUAGAUUUACAGGACUUGGGUGAUUGAGAAAACUAAUUCUUGCAUACAUGUAUAUGUUUAGUAAUACCAGUAUGUUGAUUAUGCAGGACAAUAGAUGGAUACAUCCAAAAUUAGUCGAGUGAUCACAGAACCAAUUAUAAAAUGAUUACUAAUAUAGAUGCCAACGUGCUAUCAUGAUGUUUUUGCAUUCCUAAUGUCAUCAUUAAGCAUAAUUUUGGAUUUGUCUAUCAAAGUAAAUAAUAGCAAUACUAGUCUUGCUCAGUCUGUAUCUGUACCGCACGAGUUGAUCCAGAAAAAAGUUUUUUUGAAUUAUCUGCUUCCUUUGGUAGAUGAUUUACACUGGGAUAUCCCAUUAUCUGCUACUGAGACAGAUGAUUUGCACCGGGCUAUUCCAUUAUCUGCUACCUGGGGCAGGUGAUUUACACUGGGAUAUCCCAUUAUCUGCUACUGGGACAGAUGAUUUGCACCGGGCUAUUCCAUUAUCUGCUACCUGGGGCAGGUGAUUUACACUGGGAUAUCCCAUUAUCUGCUUCUGGGACAGAUGAUUUGCACCGGGCUAUUCCAUUAUCUGCUACCUGGGGCAGGUGAUUUACACUGGGAUAUCCCAUUAUCUGCUACUGGGACAUAUCAUUUGCACCGGGCUAUCCCAUUAUCUGCUACCUGGGGCAGGUGAUUUACACUGGGAAAGUGAUGUUCUACCUAAGUUGUGUCAAGAGAAAUAUCAGACUAAAUAUUUAGUUGUAUCUCUCUUGGUUGCAUCUCUGGAUCUACUCUGCGGUUCAUGGACCCUAGUAUACAGUUCAUGAUACGUCAUCACUGACAAUACUAUGCAUUCAUAGACCUUUAUGUCAGAUCGUCGACCAUCUUUAAAGUUAAUAUUGUGAGGUACUUGACUGUAAACAUGAAGUAGCUGGCCACUAUGGGUAUUCGAUGCAAGGUAAUUCCAGCGAGAGUUGUUGUAUUUUUCCUCUGAAGUUUGACGCAGUCGAUGAUAUGAAAACAGAUUGUUCUAGCAAUCCAUUUGUGAAUGUUUUGCUUGCAACGUUUCAGGCUCUAGAGGGUUAACUGCUUGUUGGAUUUUAUUGAACUGUGGCACCUAGCUCCUUCUCCAUUGAUGUUCCCUUCUGUUUAUCAAUCUGACAUCGUUACAAAGAGUAACUCUUGGAACCUCUAUGUAGUGAGUGCAUAAUGUCCUCAGUGAUUAUAUAGAUUUUAAAUAGGCAUUGAUUAUUUUUAUGACUCGGUGUUAAAAUCAGUUCAGGAUGUGUAUAAAUGUAUCAUAUUGUUAGCAUACAUAUGAGUCUACUCGAGAGGUCGGUGUACUCUAAAAGUCAGUGUAUUCAACAUGUCAGUGUACACGACAGGUUAGUGUACACUAUAUGUCAGUGUACCCUACAUAUCAGUGUACCCUACAUGUCAGUGUACAAUAUAACGAAAGAAUACUCAAUACUUGUCUAUGCAUAGACUCAGUUUGUAAAUAUCAGUAGUUUGUAGUCUAGUAUCAUGUAAGGUCCCUUAGGGUGGUAAAUGUGAUACUUAAUGCUCAAUAUUCAAAUUGGCACGGUAGUAAUGAAAUAUAUUUUUAAUUUGUGAGCAUAUAAAGGUGUUGUAGGCCUACAUAUACUAGUGCAGUAUAAUGUAGUCAGUUGACAGCAUCAUAACUUGGUCGGAUUUGUGUGUAGAUUUAGACAUGGAGACCUAUAACUAUGUACUAUCAGGUCUGUGCAGGUUAUGUUGGUGUCCACUGUAAAGUGUGGUAGAUUCCUUGAUCACUGUGUAAUGUAGAUGCUCAUACGUCUUGAGUAGGAAGCAUUAUAGUCCAUCCGUUAAUAAAAAUUGUGUUAUUUCAUCAGAUCAACGAAAUUGAAAAAUCAUACUUAGUCUUCUCCUGUCAUGAGCCAAAAAUUGAAAAAACUAAAUACUUGUGAUGUCGUAUUGACUGAAUUUGAACUACUUCUCUUGAUUUAUGUUUGUGCAAAGAACAUUUGACCAUUUCAAGAAGUUAAAUUUCAAACAGUUCAAUAUAUGAUAAUGCCUAUUGAUUCAGCCCACCGACAAGACUAUAGGUCUAGCAGGAUAGAUUACCAGCAGUUGUGAUGCCUAGCUUUGGUCCAUUGCACUCAGAGUUGAGAGCAGGAAAAGGUUUCUUUGUGAUCCUAAAUAGCUUUUGUAUGGUGUUAUGGGAACAUGGUGUUCUCAGAGUAAUCGACAAGUAUGUUAGGAACUGUCUUUCGGCCAAAAAGCACUUUAAGGCCUAAAAGCAUAACGAUUAAUGGGGCAUUAGGCACCCUGGCCUAGACAGGUGUUCGGAGACAACAUGGCGUGAAAUAUCAACAACCUUGGGUGUCAGACGCUCUCUAAAUCACAUACAGCAAGUGGGAAUAUAGGCAUUUAUGCUGUCACAAACUUAUGAUACUCUCAACUUUGAGUAACAUGGAUUAUAGCACAGGUGUUGACAACACUUGUUUGUAGUGUUAUUUAUUCUUCCAGUGUUGUUGAUUCCUGUAUAGAUUGAUCAGACUUGUAAAACUUGAUAAUCACAAUGUGAUAUAUAUUGUACUAUGUGAUGUUAAAACAGUAGAGUCAGUUUUAAUCCCUUCUUUCCAGAAGCAUCUUCAAAGCUUGUGAUCAAAAUAUUGAGGGAACAGAUUGAGAUAAGAUAACAAAAUUUAUUGAUCUUAUGCAUCUGAACUUAUAAAGAUAUGAACGAAUAAGUAUAAAAGUUGUAAAUACAGACGGAAAAACAGUUUACUCAAGAAAAGACCAAUCCUUGGCAUGCCCAACAGAAAUCACAGAUCAAUUACAUAACUGAACUAUGUUAGCUGAAACAAAGUGUCCAGUGACCCCAAAAGCAGCACUGUUUAAGUUAUGGUCAUCUCAAACUGAUACAGUGUCAUUACUAAACUUCAGAACAAUAAGUAAAAUACUGAGAAUAAAAAUACGUAAAGAACUAUGCAAGGUGAUAGGUUGAGAGGAUGAUCCACAUGUACCUAAUGCCAAGAUGACCAGGAAAACAUCUAUUUCAAAUACUGUUUGAGUUCCUGAAGAUGCUUUUGGUAGAAAGGGUUGAAAUACAACGUACUGUAACUAUAGCUGUUAUAUGGUAAUGAGAGAAAAAUUAAAAAGUGUUGUCUCAGAGAAGAAGAGGAAACCUUGUAUAUGUAUCAUAUAACUGGCAAUCUAUAUUGAAUAUGUCCGGCUUACCUAGAACCUAGUUAUUUAGUUAUGAAAAUAUAGUAGAUGACUGGGCAAUAUGAGGGCUGGCAAUAUGAAAUGAUGAUUAGUACUCGAGGACCCGUCGAGAAAUAAAUGAGGGAAAGCAUGUCAAA